AUGACCUUUGACGGUGUCGUGGAGCUAGGGUAUCCGCAGAUUGAUAGUCCUACAGUUUCGGAGAUGAUAUGUCCAUAUCCAGACCCCCCACCCGUUUUCUGCGAUGCACCUGACCAGCAAGACUCCAUCGCGCAGAGGCAGGACGGUAAUCCUAGAUCAACUAGCCCCCCUCACACCAAGGGUCAUCAGCAGUUGCCUCACUACUACCUCGGUACUGAAGCCGGUAUUUCUUCCUCUAAGAUCCCUCUUUAUACCUCGCAUGGCGGCAGAAAGCCUAAAUCUCGCAAGCUAAAGCCGCAGCAAUCGCACGAACAGUCGCCCAAAUGGGUUCGAGGUCUCUCUCCAUCUAUUGCAGGGGAAGAUUCAUUUUCGGUGCUUCGUUCACACUUCCUGUCUCUACCGCUUGAUGAAUGUUUGCAAUUUUUGCCUUGGGUGUUGGAAGGCGCACUAUCUUGUCACAUUCCUAGAUCUGAUUCGAUACCAUCCGGGAACAGAGAUGUGCGGUCAGCAAGUCCCUUGACUCACCCACCUUAUUGCCGUGAGUCCCAUGGGAGCUCCAGGAAGGCUAUACCAUAG